AUGUUUGUAAGUAUUUUAAUAUUUUAUGUGGAAUGUAGUUUCUCAUAAAGUAUACAACUUGUUGACUCUUUAUAAAACUCUUGGGUGAUAUAUAGCUAAGAGUAAUCAUACAAUAAACAAUUUCAUUGGAAAGACACUUCAUGUUGUACACCUCCUGAUUUAGAAAUGAUUAAUGCCACUUAAACAUUGAAUUAUGAAAAUACCUUAUAAGUUAUCUUGGAUGGCUACUAGAUUUAGGAUAAUUAAUUUAGUAUUACAAACUUAGGAUUUAAUAAAUAAAUAGCAAAUUAUACAAUCAUUAAUUAGACAAAUGCUGUAAUAAAUAACUAUUGUUUGAUGGAUAAGAUUGAUACAAAUUCAAAUACAAUUAAUUCAGGAAUGAUGGAAUUUUAAAUUGCAGUUCUUAAUCCUCAAUCAAAUUAAUAAUAAAAUCUUAUAUUUUAAUAUUGGUUUCUUUGUUAAUCUUUAACAUUUGAGAAUCAAUAAUAAAUAAAAAUAAAUUUUGAUACAUCAAUGAUAAUAAUUAUAUUAUUUGGAUGCUUUUGUGUUUGGAUUUUUACUAAAAUGGCUAAAAUUAGAUCUUUAAAAAUUAAAAUUGAUUUUAAGAAAUACUCUUUUUUUAAUAGAUUUAUUGCAAUUUAAUCUUUUUAAUAGGAAGAUCAAGUACUUUAUUUUUAGGGAUUUAUAGUUAAUUGGAUAUUGUACAUACUUUAUAUCUUUGCAUCUAUUAUGUUUUAUGUUCUUGUAAAUUAUAUAAAUGCUUGGUAUGAAGUAGUAUUAAUAAUGUGCUUAAUAUUUGCUUUGUUUUGUUGUUGGUUUCUAUUCAAUGAAUUACAAUGUUUUUUAUCUGUAAAUUUGAAAUUGUAAGUAGAAAUAUUUAAAUCAAUAAGAGUAUGUGAUUGUAUAUCAUUAUUUUUAUCUGUUUUAUUUGUAGUCCUUUAUUUAACACUGAAUUAAGCUUGGUACAUAUCAAAUAUGAUUACAUUUUGCAUAUCUGGAUCAUUAUUUAGAUUAUUUAAGGUUAUAAAUUUAAGAGGAAUUGCUAUAUUAUAUGGAUUUAUAAUGAUAUUUGAUUGCUUUUAUUUUUUCGCACUUUUGACAACAAUUGCCAAAGUCAAUUAUGAAAUUAUUGUUUUACAAGUAAUAAUAGUUUAUUAUUGAAAAGUAUUCUAAUUUUCCAGUGCUUUUUCAAAUUCCAUAAUUUAGAUACAAUUUAAAUAAAGUUUGUGUUUGGUUAUCAUUAAUGGAUUUAGUGAUUCCAGGGAUAUCCAUUUCAUAUUUAUAUAGAUUCGAUAGAAAUAGGAAUUCCAGAGUUUAUUUUAUAAUUGGAUUGCUUGGACUCUUUUUUGGAAUAAUCUGUUGGUUAUUAGCUACAUUAACUCCUUCAAAUACUAAAAUUUAACUUCCUUAAUCAAUAUUUGUAUAUCCAUUGAUAAUAUUAUUUACAUGUCUAUGGGCAAUUAGACAAGGUGAUUUAAGAAUAAUUUGGUAUGGAGAAUUCUAUGAUAAAUAUGUAAAUUUUAGAAUUUAUAAUUUAAUAGCUUAUGGAUAAUUUCAUAAUUGAAUACAAUCCUGAAGUAUCCAAAAUUGCACUUGAAAAUUCAUCAUUAAAAUAAGAUUAAAUAGCUAAUUUAAUAAAAGGUCUUAGGCUGGAACCUCAGCUUUGA